AUGGACUCGCUCGUGCCGCCCGACAAGGACCAGUUUGAGCACAUCGCUCACGUCCAGGCCGAGAAGGAGAGCGAGGCGAAGCGCCGCGCCCGGGAGCAGCGCCGCAGCGCAUCCCUCUCCGUCUCAUCCCUCGGCAAUGGCUCCUCCAAGGACGAGCGCGCCGCCGCCGCCGCGCGCGUCAUCCAAAAGACGUUUCGCGGCUACCGCGCGCGGCGCGAGAUGCAGGGCUACAGCCUCGACGCCGGCACCCGCUGGGUGACGGCCAUCCGCGAGGCCCAGUUCCGCCAGUCCACCAAGCCGCGCGCGCGCCUCGGCGCCAGCGACACGGCGGCCGGCAGCGAGGUGCUGGCGCUCGAGGACCCCGUCGACACGCGCCCGUCGAGCGCCCGCAUGAACUGGAAGAAGGCGAGCCUCGUCGCCCGCCGCGCCGGCCACGACGACCUCGACAGCGACUCGUCCUCGGACAGCGACGACUAUAGCGACAUGACGCCCGAGGAAAAGGCCGCCGCGAGGAAGAAGCGCGAGCGGGCCAUGGCGGAGCGCAAGCAGGCCGCGCGCAUGAUGGGCCUGCAGUACUUUCUCGAAAUGGUCGACUCCAAGCAUCGCUACGGUAGCAACCUGCGCAUGUACCACGAGGAGUGGAAGAAGUCGGACACGACCGAAAACUUCUUCUACUGGCUCGACUACGGCGGCGGCAAGAACAUCGAGCUCGACACGUGCCCGCGCGACCGCCUCGAGCGCGAGCAGGUCCGCUACCUGUCGCGCGAGGAACGGCAGUACUACCUGGUGAGGGUAGACGACGAGGGCCGCCUGUGCUGGGCCAAGACGGGCGCGCGCAUCGACACGACGGAGCAGUACAAGGACAGCAUCCACGGCAUCGUCCCGGCCGACGACACCACCCCGGCCUUCAACCCGGCCGCGCACACGGCGCACCCCGUCGACGAGGACGGCGCCGGCAGCGGACCGCGCGGCCAAGUACGCCGACUCCGGGCUGGACGAGUCGCACGGCAUCAAGAAGGUGACGCACAUCUCGGCGUCGACCAUCUUCAACAAGCUGCUGCGCAAGUCGGUGCGCAAGAACACGUGGAUCUUCGUCGCCGACACGUCGUUCCGGCUGUACGUGGGCAUCAAGGACUCGGGCGCGUUCCAGCACUCGUCGUUCCUGCAGGGCAGCCGCAUCUCGGCGGCGGGGCUCAUCAAGAUCAAGAACGGGCGGCUGUCGUCGCUGUCGCCGCUGAGCGGGCACUACCGCCCGCCGGCGUCCAACUUCCGCGCCUUUGUGCGCAACCUCAAGGACGAGGGCGCCGACAUGAGCCACGUGUCCAUCUCCAAGUCGUACACGGUGCUCGUCGGCCUGGAGACGUACGUCAAGACGCGCCGCAAGGGCAAGGACUUCCUCGACAAGCUGGUGCGCCGCCGCGACAAGAUGGUGGCGCCCGACGAGUUCCGCCGCAGGCAGGAGGAGGAGAAGGACAAGAGCGAGAGCGCCGAGAAGGAGCGCCGCGUCCUCGAGCAGCAGAGGCGGGAGGAGGAGGCGGCGCGGGCGGAGGCGAGCACCGGGGACAGGGUCGUGGAGAAGCUCAAGAGCAUACCGACGCACGUGAGGAGUUGAGGGGGGCUAUGGAGGCAGCUUGGGCGGUACCUACCUAUAUGAUGAGCGACGGCUGUUUGUUUGUGGAGGAGGAACGCGCGACGCUGGCGCCACCGCCCACUGAGCUCAAAGCACCGCGCGCGAGGGGGGCAAGGGGGCGGGCGGGGCCCAGAAAAACAGCGGCCCCAGCGCUGUCCAAGCGCUGUCUGGCUCCCCCUUUAGGGGACCCCCCGCGGCAGGCAGCGCCGCCAAACGCGCUGGAUAGCCUCAACCUAACGCUCUGGCGUCGCACGGAAACCGCCAGCGAUCAAUCCAGACAACUCGCAUCCGCACCCCCCCUCAAUCCGCCCAUCGCCCAUCGACAACUCGCCCGGGACGCGUCGCCUCCAUCGCAGAAGCCAUCCCGCGAGGCAGCGACAAGACCAUGCGAGGCCCCUGCACCGUCGCCAAUGGCCUCCGUCACCCGCUCCAACCGGCGAGCUGAAGGCCUCCCUCACCAUCCCCAUUCCGCCAGCGCUGUGGUCGCCGCCGCUGGCGGUGCUGUCGGCGGGCCCCUCGCGGGCCCAGCGCCGGCGGCAGGCCUGUACCCUCACGACGGGCGCCAGAAGCGCGGCCUCGACGCCGCGGAUCGCGACAUCGACGCCUUCAGGGCCAAGAAGACGCGCAUCGCCGUCGAGAUUUUGUCCAAGCCGACGCCCAACGACGCCGGCCCCAGGGCCAGGGCCCCUCCGAUACCGCGACCGCCGCACCACCAGCUCCAGCACCCACAACAACAUCAGCACCAGCAUCUGCACCAGCAGCAGCAGCCGCAGCAGCAUCACCACCAACACCACCGCCACGCCCACAUACAGCCCUUGCCGCCGCAGGCGGCCGCGGCCAGACCUCCGCCGCAGGCCACGGCCGCGGACGCGGAUCCGAACCUUACAAAGCACCAGGCCAAGGUGAUCAAUGGCAUCAAGCACGAGCUUGACCGGCUGCACCCUCAGCACCCCGUCGCGCCGAGGGAACAAGGCCGCAAGCUCCGCUCCCAGGAGGCGACCCGCUUCAAGAGCGACCUGUCGGCCUAUUUCCCUGACUACGACGAGGUCAUCGGCAAUGACCCUAAGGAGCAGCGUUCGUGCACUCUCCCAGCUUUGACCUCCCCUCUGCUGUGGCCGCUCUCUGACCUUACUGCAGACCUGCUGAACCCCGAGACACCGAUUGUUGUUGUCGACUCGCGACGCGAGGCCCCCGGGCCCGUCCGAGGGUUACCGAGACCACCUCUCCAGCCGAACCAACCUGCUGUCGAGUUCCCCGUCCGCGGAUACGGCGACUCGCUAUACAACGACGUGUUUGACUCGCAGCGGAUCGACUUUCGGUUCCUGGAGCCGCAGCAGACCAGCAGGAACCUCGAGGACCCUCUGCCCGACAGCCUGUUCGAGCCGAUACACAAGCGCGCCGAGCGGCUGGAGCGGUCGAUUCGCAACUCGGAAAAGGGACGCGCCCAACAUGAAAAGGACCAGAUCAUCCGGCUGCUCGAGGGCCUCCAGGGCCACGACUGGCUGAGGGUCAUGGGCGUGAGCGGCAUAACGGAAACGAAGAAGAAGACUUUCGAGCCGGCGCGGGCCUACUUCAUCAAGGGAUGCCAGGCCAUCCUGGAAAAGUUCAAAAACUGGAACUUGGAGGAGCGCCGGCGGAAACAAGAACGGGAGAAAGCUUUGGCUGAGCAGGCGGCUGAGAGCAAGAGCGACGAGCAAGAUGAGGAGGAGCGCAGCGCCCAGGACGACGAAGAGCAAGGGGAAGAGGAAGAGGAGGACGAUGCAGAGGAGGAAGCGGACGAGGACAGGACCAUGCAAGGCACGGGCGCCGACCGGGAAGAGUCGGAGGACGUGUCGACGUCACAAGACGACACCAGCGAGGCCUCGUCGCCCGCCAAGCAGCUCCGUCAAGAGGCAAUGGCGAGAUCGCGCAUGGCCGCUGCUCUCAGACAGGCGCGGUCAGCGAGGCCGACGCCGCCCAGGCCGCCAGAGACGCCGCGCGAAUUCAAAUCGUUCUUCAGCAAGCGAUAUGAGCGCGAAAGUGCGCUCAACAAGAACCGGCGCACGGGCAGAAAAGUCAUGGCAUGGGGUCAUCCGCUGCCCGAGCUCCCGGAGGCCGAUUUCGUCCUGCCAGAGGAGUACCGAGACUCGGAGACGCUCAAAGCGCGGGCUAGGAAGAAGCGCAGGGACAAGCGCGGCAGCAAGCCGUGA